ACUGUAGUUAUCUCAGAGACUCUCUAUAUAUCUCUCUCACACACACACACACACACACACACAUCGUCUACUUAUCUGUUGGUGCGUCAUCUUCUUCCUAUUGAAGUGCAACGAAGAGAUUUUUCAAUCUCAGAUUUGUAUAGAAAGUUCUCCGUGAAGAUAAUUUGAUCUUUUAGAAUGGGUGGAAGUACAAUUGAUGAUGAUUGGGAGUUCACUUCUCCUUCAAAUGGGGUUCGAACUGUGGUUUUGGUUGGGCGCACUGGCAAUGGCAAAAGUGCAACUGGAAAUAGCAUCCUUGGAAGAAGGGCGUUCAAGUCAAGGGCUAGUUCUGCUGGUGUUACAAGUACUUGUGAGCUGCAGAGGACUGUACUGAAAGAUGGUCAAAUUCUUAAUGUCAUUGACACACCUGGAUUAUUUGACUUUUCUGCUGAAUCUGAAUUUAUCGGCAAAGAAAUUGUCAAAUGCAUCAAUAUGGCCAAGGAUGGUAUCCAUGCUGUUCUAGUUGUUUUCUCAGUAAGGACGCGCUUCUCGAAAGAAGAGGAAGCUGCUCUUCAUAGCCUGCGGACUUUGUUUGGAAGCAAAAUUAAUGAUUAUGUGAUUGUAAUAUUUACGGGAGGUGAUGACCUUGAAGAAAAUGAUGAAACACUAGAAGAUUACUUAGGCCGGGAGUGCCCUGAACCUUUAAAGGAAAUCCUGAAAUUGUGUGACAAUCGGCGGGUGCUUUUUGACAACAAGACCAAGGAUGAAAGCAAGAAAGUUGAACAAUUUCAGCAGCUUCUUUCCCUUGUAAACAUGGUCAUAGCACAGAAUGGUGGACAGCCAUAUACAGAUGAGAUAUUUACUGAACUACAGAAGGGAGCUAUGAAACUCCGUGAUCAGACAGAAGAGGUUAAUUCCUUGGAGGGGUAUACUAAACUGGAGAUGUCUGAGCUGAAGGAGCAGAUGCAGAGAUCAUAUGAGGAGCAGCUCAAGCGAAUAACUGAAAUGGUUGAGUUGAAGCUUAGAGAGACCACUUGUAGGCUUGAGCAGCAGUUGGCUGAAGAGCAAGCUGCACGACUGAAGGCGGAAGAGAUUGCACAAGCUGCUCAAAUGAAAUCUAAUGAUGAAAUUCGUAAGCUGAGAGAACAUCUAGAGAGAGCCCAGAGGGAGACGGAGGAGCUUCGCAAGCAUGCUGAAAGUGGGAGGUUUCCAUCACAAAUGGUCUCAAGCGGGCUAUUUGCUGCGCGAUUGAAGUUGAAAGAGAUUUCAAAAGCUGCUCAAAUGAAAUCUAGUGAUGAAAUUCAUAAGCUGAGGGAACAGGUAGAGAGAGUCCAGAGGGAGACACAGGAGCUUCACAGGCGAGCUGAAAAUGGCUGGUGUGCCAUUCUUGAGAGAGCCCAGAGGGACAGGGAGGAGCUGCGCAAGCGAGCUGAAAGUGGCAGCUGUGCUAUUCUAUAAUUUAUGCUGCUGUUUUCUGAAGAGGCAUAACUAAACCCGGAAAAAAAAGGUUUGCAACUUUAUUUCGUAAUUGUGGCUUCAUUGCCAUUGUAAGUGAGUAGUUUUACAGCGGGUGGUGGUUUAAUAUUAAACCUAGUUAGUAGUUACCAUAGGCGGUAGUCCAAUCUAAUGGUAUAUUUUCGGCUUUUGAAUUAUUUACAAUCUAAUUUUAAAGUUUUCAAACUUAAAUUACUAAAAGAGAAAAAAAGAAAAAAAAAGUUGUUCAUAGAUUUUAUCCUA